UACUCUUUGCUCUACUCUUUGUAGUUUGUCUUUGUCUUUGAUACAACCUCAAUUCAAAUCAAACUCAAAUCAAAUAACAAAUUCGGGAUUGGAAAUUGGAACCGGGAUCUAUUGUUCUAUGUUCUCAUUUCCAGCGAAAUAUAAUAGUGAUCGUGUUUUGUUUCUAAGUUAAAGUUGAAUCGUGUUUUUUAUCAAUCCCACGCCGCAUGGAAUGAAUUCCCGGUAUUUUUAUUUAGAUCUGGAACUUGAUUUGAGCUCCGAGGUCUCGCUGGAGUUGGCCACGCAGCAGCAGCUGCAGCGCGCGGCGCAGGCGCUGUUCGGCGAGUGCGGGGCGGGCGCGGACGUGCUGCGCGUGCGGGCGCAGGCGGCGGGCGGCGCGCGGGCGCUGCUGCGCGUGCGGGCGGCGCGGCUGCGGCGGCUGCGGGCGGCGCUGGCGCUGGCGCCGCGGGCCGCGCGCGUCUGCGGGGAGGCGCCGUCGCUGCAGGCGCUCGUGUAGCUCGGAGAGCAUGAGCGUGUCGGAGGGCGAGGGCCGCGCCGUGUGGCGGCUGGGCGAGCAGGGGCAGCACACGUUGGUGGUGGCGGCGCGCGAGGCGCUGGCGGCGCCCAGCGCGCUGGCGCUGCCGCCGCCCGAGCCCGCGCCCGGCCUCAUCCUGCCCGACGGCUCCAUCAACUGGGGCUGCCCGUGCCUGGGCGGCAUGGCCACCGGGCCCUGCGGCACGCAGUUCCGGGACGCCUUCUCCUGCUUCCACUACAGCGAGGCGGAGCCGAAGGGCAGCGACUGCUACGACAAGUUCAGCGUCAUGCAGGAGUGCAUGGCGCAGUACCCGCAGCUCUACGCCAAGGACGACGACGACGACGAGCUCGCCGACGAGCUGGGCGCCGCGCUGCAGGGCGCCGCCGACGCGUCCGACGCGCCCGACGCGCCCGACGCGCCCGACGCGCCGCCGCCCGGCCGCUAGCCGUCCGGCGCAGUACCCGCGGCUCUACGACGAGCUCGCCGACGAGCUGGGCGCCGUCGACGCGUUCGACGGCGGCGCGUCGGCGCGUCUAUACUUUAAUUUAGGAUUUGCUUUAAAUUUUUCUAGGGAAAGUAGUUUAACAAAGUAAAUAAAAAGUAAACAUAAUUAAAAA